AUGGAUAACUACAAUAAUGGUGGAUUUGUUGCUGUUAGUAUAAAUUAUCAAUAUGCCCAAUUUUCUUUUUAUGGUGUUGGAAGAGAUGAAUUGUUUAGUUUAAAGAUGGAGAAUUCGGAAUCAAAUCUACAUUUGGGUCAUGUAUUCAUUGAAAAUCGUUUUAGUGAAGGUGCUCAAGAAGAAGAAGAGGAGGAAGAAGAAGAGGAUGAAGUAGAAGAGGAGGAUGAAGAGGAAGAGGAGGAUGAAGAAGACUGCGAUGAUUAA